GAUGUGGAUCCCUAAGGUGUAGAUCUACACCGGGGUGUGGAUGUGGGUGCUGCCACCUUAGGGCUGCGUUGCCAGGAGGGUGUCAGGUCGUCUCCUGGCUCUGUGGAGAUCCCUGCUGGAUCCCUGUUGAUGCUCAGCCAGUGGGUGAUGGUGCUGGCAGCAGCAUCAGUGGGCUGGAUCCCACUGCGACCUGGUGGGAUCCACUUGGGAUUUACCCCAGGGGCACCCACGGGGUGGCUGGCAGGGAGGGUCCCACCACAGCCCUGCCUGGAGGCGCUGAUCCAGCUCCCCAGUCCCAGCUCCCCAUCCCACCGAGGCCGUGGGGAUUCCUGCAAAAUCCGCUGCUCGGGGAUCCCUGCUGCCCGCUGCCGUCUCUCCCGCAGGCUCCGCUGGGAUCCGAGGGCUGGCUGGAGGAGCCGCCGUCGCGCCAGGAGGAGGCCAUGCUGCGGGUGCUGGACGCGGGGCUGGAGCGCUGCCUGGCGCUGCACUCGGCCGUGCAGUGCAUCCCCGUGCCCCGGCACAGGAAGCUCUCGGGCAAAGCGGGCAUUGAUGAGGUGAUGGCAGCUGCGGUGCUCACCAGUCUCUCCGCCAGCCCGCUGGUGCUGGGGAACCCACCGACCACUCAUGCCCCAGAGCCUGGCAGUGAGGUCUGGAAGGAGGCUCCUGCCAUGUCCUCCAGCUGCAGCAGCAGCAGCAACACCAGCGGGGACUGGAGCUGGGACCCCUCCAGCGACCGAUCCACCCCCUCCACCCCCUCACCCCCCCUCUCCAGCCAUGUCCCCAGCACCUUCCUGCCUGGCCCACUCCCAGAUGAGGGCCCUGAUGAGCCCGAUGGCACCCACUUCGUCUUUGGAGAGCCCACCCCACGGAAGAGGAAGAACUCCACCAAGGUGAUGUUCAAGUGCUUGUGGAAGAGCUGCGGCAAAGUCCUCAGCAGCUCCUCAGGGAUGCAGAAGCACAUCCGAACUAUGCACCUUGGCCGGAAAGCCGACCUGGAGCAGAGCGAUGGCGAGGAGGAUUUCUACUACACGGAGCUGGACGUGGACAUGGAGGCACUGACUGACGGGCUCUCCAGCCUCACCCCGGUCUCUCCCACCUCCUCGGUGCCUCCUGCCUUCCCUGGCCCCGAGGCUCCUCUGCUGCCAGCACUGCCUGUCCUCGACCUGGCCCUGGCCUCCCCCUGCAGCCCCCCGGGGCCCCCCGGCCGCUGCCACGUCCACACUGACCACGCGUACCAGGGCUGCCGGACCCCCCCACGGCCACCCGUGUCCCCCACUGUCCCCACCCCACCACCACCCAAGCCACCGGCCGUGCCCAGGCGGCCGCGGGGCGAGGCCAAGAAGUGCCGCAAGGUGUACGGCAUGGAGCAUCGGGAGAUGUGGUGCACGGCGUGCCGCUGGAAGAAGGCGUGCCAGCGCUUCCUCGACUGACGGAGCCCCGCCGCUCCCUCCUUCUUGCACAUUUUGCACUCGAGGUGCCUUCGCGCCCCCCCCCCGGCCGCCCCCCGGACUCAGGGAACGGCCCCCCGAAAGCUUUAUGCACACACACAGCCCCCCUGCC